GACGUGGGCAGUGCUGGGUUGAGGGUGUUGUGUGUCUAACCCAGACUGCGGGAUCUGCAGUUAAAGUUCGUUUCUGGUCACGACUCCAAAAACCCACCCUCCUCUUGAGGGUCAAGAAUCGCCGCUUUUUUCUAGUUCCCGCAAGUUCCUCAUCUGUCCCUGGCUUGUUCCCCGCGCCACCUCCGGACACCCUCAAGUCCCUGAAACCCUCAGACUUAAACUAUGAGCCUUCGGCAGCUGCUUUUGCGCUUGCCCCGUUAUCUUGGGGCCUCGGGUCCCCUGCGUGGCCCCCUCGAUACCAUCUCCUCGGUGAUCUCCUGGCGUGGUCAGUCCUCCAGGUCCCCGGCCCAGUGGAGCCAAGUGGUGUCAGAGGCGGAGAAGAUCGUGGGCUACCCCACCUCCUUCAUGAGCCUCCGUUGCCUGCUGAGCGACGAGCUCAGCAACAUCGCUAUGCAGGUGCGGAAGCUGGUGGGGACUCAGCACCCUCUGCUUACCACAGCCAGGGGUCUUGUACACGACAGCCAGAAUAACCUCCAGUUGAGGGGCUUGGUGGUGUUACUUAUUUCUAAGGCAGCUGGGCCCAACAGUGUGAAUGCUUCGUGUCAAAACUAUGACAUGGUCAGUGGGAUCUAUUCAUGUCAAAGAAGUUUGGCAGAGAUCACAGAACUUAUCCAUACUGCUCUCCUAGUACAUCGUGGGAUAGUAAAUUUAAAUGAAUUGCAAUCUUCUGAUGGGCCACUGAAAGAUAUGCAAUUUGGAAAUAAAAUAGCUAUCCUAAGUGGAGACUUUCUUCUAGCAAAUGCCUGCAAUGGACUCGCUCUGCUCCAGAACACCAAGGUUGUGGAACUUUUGGCAAGUGCUCUUAUGGAUUUGGUACAAGGAGUAUACUAUGAAAAUUCUACUUUAGCAAAGGAAAAUCGUAUCACAGAUGAUAUUGGAAUAUCGACUUGGAAGAAGCAGACUUUUCUCUCCCAUGGUGCUUUACUAGCAAAAAGCUGCCAAGCUGCAAUGGAAUUAGCAAAGCAUGAUGCUGAGGUUCAGGAUAUGGCAUUUCAGUAUGGGAAGCACAUGGCUAUGAGUCAUAAGAUAAAUUCGGAUCUCCAGCCUUUUAUUAAAGAAAAAACCAGUGACUCCUUGAGCUUUAAUCUAAACUCAGCUCCUGUAGUCUUACACCAGGAGUUUCUUGGAAGAGAUUUGUGGAUAAAGCAGAUCGGAGAGGCUCAAGAGAAAGGAAGAUUAGACUAUGCUAAGUUGCGAGAAACAAUCAAAGCUGGCAAAGGUGUGACUUCAGCUAUUGACCUGUGUCGUUACCAUGGAAACAAAGCAUUGGAGGCCCUGGAGAGCUUUCCUUCCUCGGAGGCUAGAACUGCUUUAGAAAACAUUGUGUUUGCUGUGACCAGGUUUUCCUGACACCAAAUUAAAAAGACUGUUGUUCGUUGGCUGAAAAAAUUGGGGAAGGAGGUGAUCGGGAGAGCUUUCAUGAUGAAAUAUCUAAAUGUAUUAAUGACUUCGACAAUAUAUACAUUUUUUUUCUUCUUCUUUUUAUCACCACUGCUAAAUGAAUACUGCCUUCUUUUUGGAACUGCUGCAAACAAAAUUAGAAGAAAAAAGGUCAAGCAGUUUUCAGUUGUCAUGCCAGAAGCACACUUGAGGCUUCAGUAGCAGAAAUAAUUAAUGAGAUUCGCUCCUGUGACCUCAGCAAAUGGACAGGAAAUAAGUCCUUAUUGAUUGGACCGAGCCAGGGAUGGCGCCAGGGCGGUGGCCUGUGGUUUUCCUUCUUGAGAGGACAGGGCAAGCUGGGAGCUGCAGGUGUCAAGAGAAACACUAUCAGUGCCUGCCAGGGAGGACUGUCAAAUGAAAACCCAGUGACCAGUUUGUCAUAAUGGAGGGUAGUCUAAUGACUAAGAAAAACACAUGCUUUGUCUUCUUGCAACUAUGUCUUUGUAUUUAUAGAUACAGUCUGGAUAUACUUUUUGCUUCUUGGUUUUUGUAAGAUUUAGGGGAGGGGGUGGAAAUUGUUGAAAUAAUAAUGCCAAAUAUUUGAAGUAGGAGAUUAAAAUGUUGUCACAUA